UUGGUACCCCCAAACAGUCGCUAACUAUAUGCGUAACCCGUGCAAGCAGAAUUUUAUUAUUCCCGCUAAGAGAAAAAUGUCGCUGUCUCGUCAACAAGAAGAUCGCAAUAUCAACAUGUCUGAGAUACCGGCGUUAUUUUCAUCAUGGUAUGACAAUUCUCUAAGAACAUAUCGCGAUUUCUUUAAUCCAAAUAUUUGUCAUUUUUGCAAGAAAGGUUCGAAAAUAUCGGCGUUCUAUGAUGACAAUUACAAUACAAAUUGUUCGUGCAACAUGAUGGUUUACUGUACCAACAAUCACAAAUCGGAGUGUUAUACGAAUCAUGAAGAGAUAUGCAAAAUUUUGUGGAAGCUUUUACAUAGUCGCCCGGUAUUUUGGCAAACUCAUAAUUUUAGUUGGGAAGAUUGGAUCGAGUCGAGGAAACAGCUUUUACAAUUAGUCAAAGCAGAGAUGCAACGUGAUAUGAAGCUGGACGAAGUGCAGAUGAUCAUGUUCACUAAAUCGUGUUUUAUUUGUCAUGAACAGCGUAAACUCCAAACUUGUACGAAGUGUUAUUGCGUGAACUAUUGUUCGAAUCAUGUAAAAGAUUUGAAAAAUCACUACAAUUUAAAUUGCGCCAAAUUAAAGUCGUGCCUCAAAACAGAUAUAUACCUACGAUUUGCAAAAUUGUCUUAUCUUAGAUUCCGUCUGGUUGAUUCAGUCACUAUACAAAAUAUUGUUAACAUGCAACAUUUCAUUGAAACAUUUGCGAAUUACCAUGAUCAUAUAAACAAAUUCUAUUCUGAUUACCUAUCAGGACCGUUGACACUUUAUUAUGAAAUAAAGAAUGAGAAUCUACAUUUAGAAGGUCCGCACUAUGUUGUUCAUAUAAUAGUUGCAAAUAUUUUAGAUGCACAUUAUAUACUAGCCUGGGAAAUAAUGUUACAUACUUUAUCUUAUAAAUUAAAACAUCUAAAAGUUGUACUGAUAGGAUCAGAAAUGCAGGCUGAAUACGUAAAUGUCGAACUUUGUGAGGUGUGUAAAAAACUUAACAGAAAAUUCGAGGUACAAAGUUAUCGCAUGACUUUUUGCGAUUAUGCUAACGACAUUCUUUCCUGUAAGCCACCAAAUGUAAUUGUAGCAUUUGAAGCAGAUUUUAGUGAUUGGGAUCUAGGAGAGGAAAUAAUUUCAAAAUUAAAGAGACAAUCAUGUCCAUUUGUUGUAACGGCCGGAUCGUAUUCCAAAUUCGAAAGGAACACACAGAAGUUAAAUAAAAUCUUGUGUGCAACAUUAGAUUUAACACCAAUCGAAAAUAAAUUUAGUUCUCUUAGAGCAUAUAGGAAUUUCGAGGACAAUAACAUGUCUUAUCGUAAUAAGCUUCUAAUUAUUUUUAAGAGUUUAAGUGAGUUAUUCAAUUUAUAUAACCCUGCGAAAAAUGAUUCGUCGAUCGACGUCGAAACGAUGUCGAUCGACGAGUCAUUUCUCGCUGGGAAUGAACCGGUUAAUGAUGACGCAGGUCUUUCAUACCGAUAAAACUUUCGCGAGAUUGAAUUUUUGAAGAUCAUUAUUAUAAUACAUAAAAAUAAAAAUAUACAUCAUUGACAAUAUUUUUCAACAGCAGUAUACCUAGUGUUGGUUUCGAAUUGCAGUCAAUGUAAAAAAUUGAUUCCUUUACUUUAUUCGUCAAGUUCCACAUAAGAAUUAAUUUGAUAAAUUUGCUGUAUAAUAUCUCGUAAAACUUCCUCGUAUAUGUAUAAAAUGUCAGUCUUGUAAGAUUACUGUAACAGUGCAAGAGGUGAUAUACUAAUUGACCAGAUUACAUAUAUAAUUUCAUUUCCAUAAAUAAAUUAUACAUUUUUUAAAAUAUAGGAUGCAUC